UCACAUGACGAGAUUUCAAAAGAGAGCACAACCGAACUAGCAACCUAAAACAGGAGAAAAUCGAAGAAAAACACAUUUUAUAUGCACAUUUUGUCCAUUUAUUCAGUCUGGAUUUAGUAAACUUGUCGCGUCAAUACUAUCCAAACUAGCAGUUCAGCGUUCUAACCCCAGAAACACGUAAAAGACUCCAAGGAACUUGUGAAAUGGUUUCUACGGAUUUGUCAAACAUGAGACGAUAACCAUGUUCUGAGAGUUCGAGGGGCUGUUAUUUUCCCUUUUACAAGGACUGUUUGAGUCCUGAAAACAGAGACAACAAUGACUUCAAAGUCAGGGAUCCCAGAGAGAAUUGACCCAUUUGUGAAUAAAGCUUCAAUUAAGUCAAAGAAGCAAAAAAGAUCUCAGGGUUCAUCUCAUUACAGAACUAAAAAUGCUCCAGAAUUGCAAGCAUUACCUCAUUUAAAAGACACUGCUCCGGCUGAACAACAAGAACUGUUUGUAAAGAAACUGCAGCAAUGUUGUGCCGUGUUCGACUUCAUGGACCCUGUCUCGGAUCUAAAGAGCAAGGAGGUGAAACGAGCGUGUCUGAACGAGCUAGUGGACUAUAUAACGGCAACAAGGGGUGUCCUUGCUGAACCAGUGUACCCAGAGAUUGUUAGAAUGAUUGCUUGCAAUAUCUUCCGAACGUUACCUCCCAAUGACAACCCAGAGUUUGACCCGGAGGAGGAUGAACCAACACUAGAGGCAUCCUGGCCACACCUACAGAUUGUGUAUGAGUUCUUUCUACGGUUCCUUGAAUCUCCUGACUUUCAACCAAGCCAUGCAAAAAAGUUUAUUGAUCAAAAGUUUGUGCUACAAUUGUUAGAAUUAUUUGACAGUGAGGACCCGAGAGAAAGAGAUUUUCUAAAAACUGUACUACAUCGGAUAUAUGGGAAAUUCUUAGGCUUAAGAGCUUUCAUUAGGAAACAAAUUAAUAAUAUAUUUCUUAGGUUUAUAUAUGAAACUGAAUCUUUCAAUGGUGUUGGAGAAUUAUUAGAGAUUUUAGGCAGCAUUAUCAAUGGGUUUGCAUUACCAUUGAAGUCUGAACACAAGCAAUUUUUAAUGAAGGUUUUAAUCCCACUACAUAAAGCGAAAAGUCUGAGUUUAUAUCAUGCACAGUGCAGGACCCAGUUGGCCUAUUGUGUGGUACAGUUUCUAGAAAAAGAUCCAAGUUUAACAGAAGAUGUUAUAAAAGGUCUACUGAAAUUCUGGCCGAAAACCUGUAGUCAGAAAGAGGUGAUGUUUCUGGGAGAAAUAGAAGAAAUACUGGAUGUUAUAGAACCAGGACAGUUUCAGAAGAUAAUGGACCCAUUAUUUAGACAAAUAUCUCGCUGUGUGUCAAGUCCACAUUUUCAGGUGGCAGAGAGGGCACUUUAUUACUGGAACAAUGACUACAUAAUAAGCUUGAUAGAGGAAAACUCUCGGGUGAUUCUGCCAAUUAUGUUCCCAGCCCUGUACAAGAUCUCCAAGGAGCACUGGAACCAGACGAUCGUUGCCCUUGUCUAUAACGUUCUUAAAACCUUUAUGGAAAUGAACAGUCAACUGUUUGAUGAUCUGACGGCAAACUACAAAUCUGAGAGACAAAAGGAGAAAAAGAAAGAAAAAGAUCGUGAAGAUUUAUGGAAAAAAUUAGAAGGUCUUGAAGUGAGGGGUGGUAACAGAAACAGACUGGUGAAUAAUGUAUCAUCAUAAUACAGCAUGAGUGUGCCUGUUUGUCUGUCCGUUUUUGUGUGCUGCGGAGGACUGAUGUGCAGUUUCAUUGACAGAAAAGCUUCGUUAUAUAGAGUAACUAUUGCUGGCUUGAGGAAAAAUCUCGACUUACACAGAAAUGAUGUGUAUAUUACAUAUGUGUAUAUGUAUCAUGUAUAUGUGUACAUAUGUAAAUAUAUUGAAAGAACCGACAUAUCUAGACUUACUGAAAAAGUAGGAGAAUGUUAAGAACUUGUCAGAGGAGUCAAUGAAAAAACAAGCUUUUGCACUGAAACAUGAUUAUGUUUUUGAUAGGACAAUUUUAUACAGGCGUAUUAUUGUUUAGUGACAUAUUGUUAUAUAUAGACAUCUAUGUAUAGAAUUUCAUCAUACACAAAGCUGAUAAAGGAAUUAAGAUAAAACUGGUGAUAUGUCAUGUAGCUAUGAUAUUCUGUGUUGAGUUUGAUGUUUGAAAAAAGAAAAAUAUUGUGCUGAAGUUCUAAUAACUUGUCUCAUGAUUCGUACUCGUACAUGUAUAUAACAUGAAGGUUGUGUGAAUACACUACCCACCAAAAAUAUGUAAACUCAUUCUUUAAUGUAGGCAGCCCCUGUUGAAUGUUUGAGUGGAAAUCUUACUAUUUCAUACCAUGUAAGAAUUCCAGAUAAUACAUUCUGUUGCGUCUAACCUAAACUUUCUGGUGGGUUGUGUACUGUUUAUUUAAACGUAACUUUAGCACUGACUGAAAACAACACCUUUGAUAAUGCUAAAUUGCAUUCAAGUUUAAAACAAUUCAUAGGCAUGCCCUGCAUUAUGCAUGUAUGUUUUAGUUAUGUUUACACAUAUAAGUGCAAGUAAGGCAACCUGCUAAAAAUCCACCAGAUUCCAUUGCAAGUUACGAAUGAAAAAUGUCCCAUCAUCCCUGUGGGCUCGGAGGAAUAGACCUGCAGUCGGGGAGGUUGUGUGCCUACAUUUUACAGUCUGAUGAUGUAUGUGGAAUUGUUAAGAAUGGGUUACCUCUGGGCUAGUCCCAAGUACAGACUUUAAAGUAGAAAAUAUGGUAACAUAGAGAUUUCAUUGAGAUCAGAUGAUGGGAUUUCAAGAUUGGAAUAUAUUUCAGUUGGCUCGGAAGAUCAAGGGCUCGAGUUCUGUACAUACAACCUCUAAUGUUUCUACUUUUAACUAAUAUAAAUACAUGAUGGAAUUGUUUUAGUUGCUUUUGUUGUUUUUUUUUGUUGUUAUUUUCAAAGAAAUGUAAACAGUCUGUUGACAGUAACAGAUUUUUAUAAGCAAACUUGUAACUAGCUCAUAAAAUAGAGUGAAGUGUUUUUUUAAUGUGCAUGAGCGUUUGUAUUACAUGUGUAAUGUGUUCAAGAAGGAUUACUUAAUAAGAUUUUAUAUCUCCACUGAUGGAAUUCAAACCAAAGAUAAUUACAUUUUUAUUUCAUGAAAUUUAAUAGGACAUUUUGAAUGAGCCAGACCUUGUUUCUCAGAGGUUUAAAAGCAUGUGAUCAAUGAAUUUAAAGGCAAUAAGUUUUGCAACAUAUAUUACCCUAUUUAUUUUUGUACAGUGUAAUAUUGAUGGCAUGUAGAUAACAGUUAGUUACUCGGAUAUAUAUUCUCGUCAAAUGUUAAGGCAGAAAUUACUGUUGGUUUGGGGGAAUAGCAAGCUUAGGUCUGAUACAGGGUACCAAGUUAUGCAAUGAAAUAAUACAUAUAUGAAACCUGGAAAAGUUAUGCUUUUAUAAUACUGUUUACUGAUUAAAUUUUGUUCUCAUUUUUUGGCAAAGGUUACUACAGAGCAUUUUUUGUUUGCUUAUAAAGAACACAUACAUGGAUCAUACUUUAUCAUAAGAGUUUCAUAUAAUUUUCAACUUUUUAUGUUUCAUUUCCUUGAACAGGGUGGUUCUAAAUGUAAUAUAUUGUUUCUUUGUCAUUUCCUCAAGAAGUACGUAAAGCUGUUAGUGUUGUUGUGUUUUCCGUCCAAGUUGAGCUGUAUCAUAAGAUAUUUCCUGGUAAUAUAGUAAACUUGGACUGUACAGACAUCAUCACUUGGUUGUAGCAAGCCUGUAACUGGGGUGUAAAUGUUUAUUUGUCAAGUUAAAAGGAACCAUCUUGCAUAUUGGCUUAGUUGUUGUCGAGCCUGCUUGCGGUGAGCUCAAUAUAGUCGUCACUUUUGGCGGGUCGGUGUAUGUGCAUGCGUCCGUCCAAUUUUGUCCGGACCAUAACUUUGACAUUCAUGGACCAAUCUUGUUUAUAUUUGGCAUGAAUGUUGAUCUCAAUGAGAAGGAAUGUCAUGCACAAGCUCCAUGUUCCUAUCUCAAAGGUCAAGGUCACAGUGGGAGGUCAAAGGUCAAAUUGAAGUUUAUCUGGAGCAUUUCAUCUUCAGGCUUGGUGGGAUUUUGAUGUAACUUACCGUGAAUGUUCAACAUUAUGAGACAGUGUCAUGUGCAAGAACUAGGUCUAAGGUCAAGGUCACACUUAGAGGUCAAAGGUCAAAUUGAAGUUUGUCCAGAGCAUUUUCUUCAUGCAUGGUGGGAUUUUGAUGUAACUUGGUGUGAAUGUUCACCAUUAUGAGACAGAGUGUCAUGCGCAAGAACCAGUUCCCUAGGUGUAAGGUCAGGGUCACACAUAGAGGUCAAAGGUGCUGGCGGGCUCGACAUUCCACCCGUGGGUAGGGCAUGCAGAAUGUAUUUCUAGUUUUUUUAAAAAUGGCAUAAAAAUUUUUUUAAAUAGUUAUAUUUUCAUUUGUUGAUUUGUCCUUCAGUUACGCUUAAGAUAAAUCCAAAUGGCGAAUUAUAAUGUUGUACAGUUUCAGAUUUGAAAAAAUAGGAAGAAAAGAAGAAUGUAUUGUGAUGCUUCUUUAUAAUUUAACAAAAAGUUAUAGAUAUAUGAGCCGUGCCAUGAGAAAACCAACAUAGUGGCUUUGCGAUCAGCAUGGAUCCAGACUAGCCUGUGCAUCCGCGCAGUCUGGUCAGGAUCCAUGCUGUUCGCUAACAGUUUCUCUUAUUGCAAUAGACUUUAAAAGCGUGGAUCCUGACCAGACUGUGCGGAUUAUGUUGGUUUUCUCAUGGCGUGGCUCAAUUAUUUCAUUCAGUUAUUGGCAGGUUACUCUAAGCUUGAUGAUGUUUUUCUGUAGAUUUUCACUUACCAUAUAUUACAGCUUUACCAUUGGAGUCAUUCAGAGCAGGAAUUGUUAGACUUUGUUAAGGUAGUUCUGCACGUUUGGAUCAAAAUUAUUUCUACAAUGUAGAAUUUGAUUAAACACUGAUUUUUCAAAACUUUAGAAUAUACCUAGAAAAUUAAGCAAAUAAAAAAGAUAGGGUCGUGUGCUUGAUUUUUUGCUAGACUGAUUUGUAAAAUAGGGACCUCACGCAAUAUUUCAUAAUGAGAGUCUAUGGGAAAAUCAUAACUUUCUUAACAUUUUCGCGAAUAGAAAUUUUUCUACAAUGUAGAUUUUGAUGAAACUUCUCACAGUUGUAAAUAAAGACAUGGCCUAUAUUUUGAUGAAAUAAAAUAUACAGGUCCGUGUGCUUAUUUUUGAGAUAUUUGACCAUGAUUAAAGUAAACCGGACAUUUCACGCUAAUUUUAGGAUGUUAUUUUGAAUUAUUUAACAUGUGAUAUGUUUUAAUAUCAUAUUUUGACUUUACAAUAUAGCAACAGUACCAUUGUAAUAAAUUUACUCACAGGUUGCAAUUAAUUCAUAAAAUGAUUUUCUGUUCCGUACGCCGAAUCCAGUCUUUAUUCUACGUUUUCCGGAAAAAUGGCGUCACGCCAUCACUUCCGGUUUAUCAAAUGGCAGAACUACCUUAAAGAAACAUAGAUGUCCUUGAGUAGUGUAAAGAAUGUGUUCAAGAAAAAAUGGAUUUCUUGGUCUGUGUUUUAUCUAUUAAAGAAAUGUUGUACAUUUCAGAAACUUUUCUGGGUUCAUUUCAUUAGUGUUUAUUACAGUUGUAAUAAAUGUAAACCUCAUUUUAGAAUCUGUAGAAUAAAUAGGUGGUCAAGCAAUGGCUUUUAGAAAGGUUGUGUAAACUACAUUUAGGCCAUAACAGUACAGUUAUUGUAUGGAGAAAUAGAUGGAAUAUUUUGGGUGAGAAAAAAAUAAGCCCUUUAUGCAAGUAUGCACUACUGUAAAGUUGGAUAUUUUUGCAAGGCUAAAACUUUGCCAUAUUUUUAAUUAGAUAUGGUUUGUGAGGUGAAAUAUUCAUGAUGUAUUGACUUUUUGAGAGGCUCGUAGGGCUCUUUACGACAAUAAUAAUGUUUAAGCUUACUUUCCUAGUAAAAAGGAGAGUAUACAGUGAAAAUAAAUCACUUGCAAAAAUUUCUCAUUUUACAGUAUGGAGUAAGAAACAUCUCAAGGUCAAAAACAUUGAUUAUUGGAAAUUUGAACAAACUCUAUUAGGAACAUAUGUAUCUAUCAUUUCACACUGUAUUUUGUAGAUUUAUUUAAUGCAACACAAAACUAUUUUGUGUGGCCAGUCAUUUUCACUUUGUAUACUAACUGUGGAUAUUUGUUUUUAAUAUGAUCCUUCAUUUUCAGUGUAUUAUAGGCACAUAAACAUAGGUUCUUUAAGUGUUGUAAAAACUUUCAGAUAAGGUUUUGUUAAGGUAUAAUUGGACAGUAUUAAUGGUGAUUACAAUUUUAGAUUUACCUGUGCUGAAUGAAACUUCACUUAGAAAAAUCAUGUGUUAAGAGAUGGUCAAAGGAAACCAAUUUUUCUUAAGGAAAAAUGAGUAUAGUAUUUUAACAAUGCAUUGCUCUCAGUUUUAUGUAUAUUUUGCAGCCUGGGAAAUGGCUAUACUGAAUGAACUAUCCUUAAAUAUGUUUUUCACAAGUUUGAUUCCUGGUUACGAAAAAGACAUGUAUCUCUCUUCUGUAAGAUUAUGUUAGUAUAUUAACUUAGAAUUGAAACUUGUUAUUUAUGUAUGAAUGUUUUCUUAUUGAAUGAAGAUUGUUACACGGAAAAUGUGAUAGAAUCAUUUUUGCAUAGUUCAGUCAUACUGGUAUCUAUAGAAACACGGAAAUGCUCAUGCAGGAGACAUAUAUUACACUGGUUGACAAAAGAGGGGUUGUCUUCCCCUUUUGAAGAGAUCGUUUAAGACUGUUAUAUACCUUGUGCUAAUUAUCCCUCCCCUCUCCCCAUGAUGAGAGUGAACUAUUGAUGUGUAAUAUUGAUGUAUCCCAUAUUGAAGUAGCAUAUCACAAUGGUUACAUGUUUUAAUGAAACUACUGUUUCAUGGAGAUUUUGUAAAUUCAUAUAAUUGAGUUGCCAUGCAACUAGUAUAGAAUACUACUUCAGUCUAGCAUUUUUAUUGUAGAGCGUUUGUAUAAAAUAAAAAAUCUGUAAAAUCUUCAGUGACCUAUAGUCUUACUUUUAGCUAUCUUAUGGUUUAAAGCCUUACCUUUAACCAGUUAUUAUGAAUUUAAAGUGUUGUGUAACACUGCUCUACACUUUGCAGAGAAUAAUGACAGAAAACAACGCUGCACAAAGUACAGUCUCUCUCUCGAAGUUUCUCACCAUGAAAAACUGUUCAGUCUCUGUUACAGUUCCUCGAUCGGAGAAAACACUACCUGAAAAAUUGUUUAGGCUCUCUCAGAGUUUCUUGGGCUGUCAUUAUUCUCAGCAGGGUUCAGAUUUCUAUAAUAAAUUUAAAACUUUCUGUAAUAGAUGUUAUUUUGAAGCUUUACAAAUGAUAUUGUUUGAAUCAGUUCUGUAUCUUUGAGAUACCAGAAACAGUUACAACACUAAAUUAUGGUGUCAUUAUUUACAUGUAAAAGUAUGGUGGAAUUUUGUCACUGAGACAUCAUCAAUUUGUAACUGAUCCAACUGGUUCCUAUGUUUUAUUUAAUGGAUGCUAAAUUAUAUUUGCAGUGUGAGGCUUUAGGCUGCAUGUUACUGUAUAAUUGCCUAUUAUAUAUAGAUUCCUGUGUUUAGAUUUAAUAUUAAUCCAAGCAAUAGUUUUCCCAGUGAACCUGUUGGAUCAGCUACAAAGCAGAAAACUAGUGUUUGUUAAAGUACUUUGGGCAUUUUCUAAAGGGUUAAACAUUCAUUCAGUUUUACAUAUUCAGAUCACCCUGAUAAUAUAGACUAGGCUUUUUUUCACAGCAUUUUCAUGUUGCGUAAAAACAAUAGAAUUUUUUUUCAAAAUGAAGGCUGAACAAUUUCCCAAAACAUAACAGUUAAGUGUACUGAGCUAACGUCUGGUUACUGGAUAGUUUUGUCAUGAAUUAUUUGACAUUAUAUAACAGUGCUAUACAUAGAGAGUGGCAGUUAAUGUGCAAUUGUAGAACAGUGAAACUGGAGUAGAACAUAUUCUGUAUAGCAGUUAUAUGAACAUGUUACAGUAUAAUCUGGAUAUCCUGAUUUUAUGUCAGCUUGAUUAUGCUACAGUGUGUAGAAAAUACCUUUGAUGGCUCCUUAUCAUAUAGAAGAUCGACAACAGGAAAAUUGCCAACCAUUAAAACAUUUGAGUCUUUACUGGUGCAGUGGUGCAAUUUUAAAAUUUUUACAAGAAAGUGUUUUCCUAAUUUUGAGAUUAAACAUCAAUAAUAAAGUGAGACAAAAUUGCUUCUUUUUUCAAGUAUUUCAUAUUUAACAUGUUAACAAAUUUUUUAAGUAAUGGCUAAAUGCAAAUUACAUUUACAGAAGAAAUAACAUCUUUAUUUAAUUCAAACCUUUGACAGAGUAUAUAAUUAAUUGAUGGAAAAAAAGAAGAGUCUAUUUACAGCAAAAUGCAGCAAAACAUUGGUCAGGCUUUUAAUCACGCAUAGGAGCUAAUCAGCACCCAACCUUCACCACAGAAACAAUAAAUUAAAUAUUUCAUAAUGUACAGAAUACAUAACCACAGAAGCUACAAAGAAGUGUUUCAAUGGUUUGGCUAUGCUGUCAGUCUGACUUCUGUUUUUAAGAUUCACUGCUUUUACUGUUCAUAUAAGUUUUUUGUGUUUGAAAGGAAGCUGGUUGCAUAAAUUCACACUACAUGUAGUUAUUUGCUGUAAAGUUACAUUCAUAAUCUUAGUGAAGGAAUGACAUAAUUUAAAUACAAAAUAAAAUCAUUUUAUCCAU